AUGCCUUCAGUGCAACUACUGCUUCGUCUAGUGACGCCAGAAAUCCUUGACCUCCAAAGCCAACAGAUCACGACAGUAAUCCUCCGGGACAUUCAACACCAACAAGAUAAGGACAAAUCCUGGGCGACCCCUAUGGGAUACUUGGACUUUAUCACUGAUAGUCGAGACCGGGAAUGGCUUCGGCUAUACGUCGGACAGUGCGUAGAAGUCUUGCGAAGAGUAAUCAACGGACACGCCCAAAGCAUCCUUAAGGCAUCAAUCGACUCUCUACACUAUUUCAUGAUAUGGCUGGGCAAUGGCUGUCGAUCCGCCAAUUUCAUCCGACUCUGGAAAGUUGAGGACCACGAGGAUUAUGAUUGGAUGAAAAUUAGGAUGAACCUCCUAGAAGCCCUCUUUUGCCAGGCAUUCUCCACUCAUCAUGGUGUCCUUGACCGUAUUCUACCGACCCCGGGAACGGAUCAAUUCACCCUUUACGAACGACCAAGUUAUGGUCUGAACCUCAUGACUCCUUUAGCCCAGGAUGGCCCUUUGAUUGACUUUACACGAUCGAACUAUAUCAUUCCGGCCCAAAAAACUCCCGAUGAGCAGAUCGGUCUGUGGGUCAACUGCUUUCGGUUACGGCGAGUUGCAGCGAAACGUGCGCUGAAUCAGAAGCUCCUAACGGCGUCCCGCCCAAGGUUUCGGUCUGAUUUCGACGACCGUCUACGGACUGCGAUAGGCGACGACAAUCUCUUCAAGGAAUUGAAGGCGUCAAUGCAAUACGAACAAGACAACGUCAACUGUUCUAGCAUCACGGAUCCCAUGCCCUUCUUUGGCAGUACAUCGGCUAAGGUCAGGUUCAUUCUCGACUAUGCUGCCGUCUCCCCAGAGGAGGACUCGUUCCUAGAGUGCCCAAAGGAUGAGGAGCCUGUUGUUCAGCUUCCAUGGUCACUCAAGGCCUGCAACUUUACAGACUCCAACAUCCUGCUUUGGACAUACAAUUUUGGCAAGUUUUUGCCUCUGGCUGAAGAUGUAGCGACUCCAAAUGCAAAUCAAGAUGAGCUACGACUUCGCCACCAGCAGCUCAUCGAUCGCAGCCAAGUAAGAAUAAUCUUCUUAUGUGGACCACGAGCGGAAAAGGCUAUUCGAGUACCUUCCCUCCGGCGAUUUAGCCUCGAACUUCGGGGCUUUCAAUACCCGAUGUAUCUGAUGGACAACCCAAAGCGAAUUUUAAUCCGUUGUCCACCUGUUCCGUGUGAAAUUUGGUCUAAGAUUGGAGCUGAAAGCACUCAGAUCGGGGAAGGUAUUCGAUUCGCUAUCAGUUUACUAGGCCUACAGAAAGAAGACCUUCGUCCCUAUUCUCUUGAGACUACUAGCCUUAUUGGAACCAUCCUUCGCCACGCGAGGGACGAGAGGCUCGGUCGGGAAAAGCUAACGCUGAAGACCGUUGACACAUCCGUGUUACUCUGGCUCCAGCGUAAAGGCUUGGCGACGCAGGCGUUAGAGCGGAUUGAGAAACUCGCCGGAUCUCUCUCUCGAGGGCUUUUAAUGAUCCUCCAUUCGCUACCUCGAAACAAGACCCAUCCAUCCUUUAAGAGACCAAUGGACCCAGAGACUCGAGCAAUGUGGAACGCGAAACGAGUGAGAUGUUAUGAGCCGUUUGACAAGGACGCAUUUCGGGAAGUCAAAAAGAUCGUCCUAGACGCUGUCACCGAGGAAGAGGAAUCAUACACAACAGCCCUACGGAGUCUUCCCCCGAGAAGCCCCUAG